AGUAUGGAAAGCGAAUACACAGCCAUUCAUGGCUUGAUGCAAUUACUUAAAGCUCAAAACAAUUCUCCUGCUGAUGGUACUGGUAUUAUGGUUCUUGUUGAUCAAGCACAUAAUUUACUUGGUAGAAAUAUUCCGCCAGUUCUCACUGAGUAUACUUUGGGACUUCAGCCUGCUUUAUUUGGAGGAUAUCCCGAUAAAUCAGAUAUUGUCCCUUCAGCAAUUUUUGUAGCAUCAUUUUUAAUUUUGAUGUUUGGACAUUUAUUUAUCUUCUUCAAAAAUUAUUCGAGAGGUCAUUAUUUCUAUAUCUCUUUGAGUUGGGUAGUCUAUUGUAUGAUGCGUAUCGUUGGAUUUGCAUUAAGAAUCGUUUGGGCAAAGGAUAUUACAAAUACAAGAAUUGGUAUUACAAGUGAAAUAUUUUUGAUUCUCCCUUCAGAAGUUAUUGUAUCAUUUAAUUUAAUCUUAGCUCAACGUAUUUUCACUUGGAGACAUCCAGUUGGUGGAUCAAGAAAAUUAUUUUGGGGAGUUAUGAUUCAACUUUAUGUUGUUGUUGUCUUGGUGAUUGUUAUGACUAUUAUAUUCCAAUCAUUUCCAAGUAUUUAUUUACUUUCUCCAUCGAUGUAUGUCAAAUAUCAAAAGGUUGUUCAAGCUUCAUCAAUUCUUAUUAUCCUUUAUUCAUUGACCGCCAUAGCUUUGUUGGCAUUAGCGUAUUUUUUCAAGCCUACAAAGAAAGAUGAAAAUUUAUACACUUAUCAACCGUGGUGGAUUGAAAGUUUCAGUCCUUUUUACUUCGUCAAAAAGGGAGCUGCGAAUGAAGCAGCUGCAACAUUUAUGAAAAGAACACGUAACCAUAGACAUGCCAUUAGAGUUAUAGCUGCUACCCACCACCAUCACAACAUGGUUGAAGGAUUAUCGAAUGAUAGAGGUGGAUUAUCACAUAACUAUUCGUUGGCAAUUAUUCUUGUUACUACACUUUUCAUUUUCAUUGGAUCGGUUGGUAGAGCUGUUGCAUUGUUUGAAAACAAAUAUAAAAAGGAUCAAGGUGCUAUAUGUCACCCAGUCGUAAUGUACAUAUGCUGGGGGUUGUUGGAGGUUAUAAUUAAUUUAUUGUACCUCAUAGGUAGAGUUGAUUUGAGAUUCUACAGACCUGAUAGACUUCCACUUGAUGUUCGCUCUAUCAUCACAGCUGAACAAUCCUUAUACCAAUCUGAAACCGGUACAAUGAGUGAAUAUGAUGUUGACUCUGGAUCAAACUCCCAAGAAUACAAACAAGAAAAAGUACAUAAAGAAACUGAUAGUGAAUUCGUGUUUUAA